UCAUACCCAUUAUACAGUACCCUAGUGGAAGCGUGCGUGAGUCAUAGAUAACCUAUCUAAUCGACUUUUGUCUUUUAUUAUGGCGUGAGUGCGAUUAUUAAUUUUUUGAAAUAUAAUUCGAAUUCGACUAAUUCGAGUACAAAAUUAAAAUAUACAGGCAGAUAAAUAAUUAUAUUUAAAUGUAAAAAGUGCACGAUCUGAGCUGGAGAACGCGUAAGUUGAAGGAAGAAGAACGCAAACAAAAAGAAGAAGAAAAACGACAGAAAGAUGAACAAAAACGUCAAAAAGAAUAUCAAGAAAGAAAAAACUGCCGCCGCUUUCACUAAUUUUUUCUUGCCGAAAAAUAAAGAAAUUCCCAAAGAUGAGCCGGAUAGCUUCGAUAGACUGGAUUGUACCACAUUUAUAGUUAAAGAGGAGAAUAUGAGACUCGCUACCGUUCUUAAAAUGGAGACUGAUGAUUCUGCCUCUGCCUCAUCGCGACAGCUGGUUACUCAGAAAGCCGGCGAAGACGAAUACGAUGACGUUUUCGCGGUCGAUGAUAGCAUGAAUUUGUCGAUCGAUGUCGAUUUAUAUCAGAAUGAUGGCAGAUUUAGUAAGACAGAAUCAUCUGCACCGGUUACAGCGGCUUUCAAGUUGAAUGCUGAAAAGAAACCGUCAAAGUUAAAGGCGUUAUUGCAUUCCUACCGGGACGAAAUUCUAGAGAAUAGGAGUCGCCAACGCCGUUUGCUUAAGAAGAACACUGCAUCAAGGAUCUGUAAGAUGAUUACCAAUACAAAAUGCCUAAAAAACUCGACAAAUGAAACUUAUUUGCAAGAAAUGAUGGACACGGAUUAUGAUUUGACUUCGUUGAAAGAAUUUUUAAAGGACCAGAUUUCGACUUCCAGCCUGAAUCGUUUGUGUUCCACUGAAAGCCUGAAAUCAGCGAUAAAUAAAGAGCAACAGACGUGCACUGCACGAAUAGCAUCGUUGGAAAAGAAGAAUGAUCCUGCUGAUGCGUGGCUUUUGGAACGGGCGAAACAAUCGAAAAAUAUAUUGCAGUGGAUGUUUGAUGACGUCGUUCGCACAGAUCGUGAAAUUUUAAAAUUAACGAACGCUAAUUAAAAUAAUUCUUGUAUAAAUUCGUUGCCAUUUAUAGUCAAACAAUAUAAUACUCAUUGUGUAAAGGUAAACGUAUCUCGUAAAUAUCAAGUUUUAUCAGUAGGUAUUGAAUAACUGAAUUGUGCGUUGUAAAAUUUUGGUUAAUUAAAGGAGGAUAUAAAGAGUUCAACCAGGUCAAAUUCGUGAUUUCAAGAUUCAAAAACCUAUAUUUGAAUAGGUACCCAAAAUGAUAAGUAGGUAUGCUUAUUUUUAAAUUUUAUUUCUUCAUUAUUGAAGGCCCACCCUGUAGCAGAAAUUAUAUCAAAUUUGCGCUUGAUGGUUCUCAACUACGUAAUUAAAGGUCGCCGAGUCCGAAUAAUCUGGUGUCCAAUGUGAGCGCCAGCCCAUCCUUUAUCAAAAUCCGCGAAUUUAUUUCCAUAAAACUGCUCAAAUUCUUUCGCUCAAAAAUGACCUAAAAUUUUUGUUGGAAAAAUAAAUAAUUUUAGAUGACGAUUGUUAGUUAUUACGUGCAAGGUACUGUGUACCUAUCUAUUCGUACCUAUUCAUGUACGUAUUCUCGUAUGUGUUAUCUUUAUCUUGUUGAAAUAUAUUUUACUCGUUUGUUGGC